AUGGUCUUGAGAGCUAAUAGACAGAGUCUCGAGGUGAUAUAUUGUCCCAAGGAGAAACUUCCAUCUGUCAAUCCUGCCUUUGCUAAUCGCACCGAGUGGUCAAAGGAAGGGGAGAAUCUCAGGAUAACCCUGCACAGGUUACAGGAAUCUGAUUCCGGAACCUACGUGUGCUGUGAGACGGUUGAAAUCGAUGGCAAUCCCAAAGAGAUAUAUAGGAAGAGAACCAUAGUAGUGGUCAAAGCUAUGUCCAGAAGGCCUGUGGAGCAGUCACCACUCCAUGCCAACCCUGAGCAAGGCCAGUCUGUCAGCAUCACCUGUGUGUUGAAAAGCUCAGUUGAACAUGAGUUCUUCUUGUUCAGGACUCACGUGCAGCCUCGUAAAGUUCUGUCUGUGUCAAAUCUCAACAUGUCAAAGGUUUCUCCUGACUUUGGGAAUCGCUUGGAGUAUUCAAGGGAAGGAAGUAGAACUGUGGUGACUCUACACAAGCUACAGGAAAAGGACAGUGAUAAUUACGUCUGUGCCCAGGAGGUGAAGGGUUCCCCUCUGCUCACAGCGAUUGGCACCAUGGUGCUGGUUAAAGAGGCAUGUGAGAAGAGCUCCUGGGAGUUUUAUGGCCUUCUCGUGGUGGUGGCUCUGCUGUUCUGUGCCCUGGUGUGCUGCACCUUGUACCGUGUGGAUGUGAAGAAAUAUUUCCAGAAGAAAAAGCCCAAUGUGGUAUAUGAAGACAUGUCCUACAACUCCAGACGGAGCACCCUGGUCAGGAGCAACACCUAUUCCAAAGGUGAAUAAACUUCUGCCAGCUGGGACCAUCCCCUCACCGGCAGCUCUGAGAGCCGCUUUAUGAAAUUGCUAUCACCUUCCUUCCUCAGUGGAAGGAAAAACCUCAUAUCCAAGGCUGUUUCUGUUUUUUUUUAAUAGUUUUUUUUUUUUUUUCUUUUGCAAUGUACAGAAAAUUUAGCAAAAUGCGGGUACCCUGGACACGUGUAUGCAAUUCAGUGUGGAAAAGCAGCAUUUCAGGGCUAAAUGUGACAUAUGGGCUUGUUUCUUUCUUAAAUAAUCCAUUCUUUCUGGGAAGGUGGGAUGGAUGGGAAGGUCUGAUUCUGAGCUUUGCUAAGCCUCAGGGGGAGCACACGGGUCUGUUCAAUAUUUUGCCAUGUAUUCCAGUUCCCUCAUGGAUCCUUGCCCAAGAGCUCAGACAGUUAAAAUUACUCAAGAGUUACAGCAGGGAAAUCUAUUUUGAAGUUUUCAGAAAUGUGGCAGGGUGAAAUGCUGGAUCCAUGUGGGCUCACCUGCUCCAAGGUCCUGACGGUCCCACAGAAACACAAUCAAGUCUAGAUUUUAGUUGACUGCCUCUGUCAGAGCCACUCACAUGGACUGAUGGGGGUCUUGAUGUGGCUGGUGAGCAAAGUGACUAAAUGUGGGUCCUGGUGGCUUCUGGGUGUCUUGGUUUGAACAGACAGGUGUCUGCUAAGGAAGGCAGGGGUCUCCCUUGAAAUGGAAAAUGUAAACCCCCUCCCUCUGAAUUAUUAUAAUUUUUCAUUCCAACCUGGGCGUGAUCUAAAGCCCCUUCUUAUCAAAGGGAUUUAUCAAAACUCACCUCAGGCAAGAAGAGGCUAAAUUUGGGUUGGUAACAGCUUCUAGAACAGGUGCCUGUGGGGAGCUGGGCCGAGGAAGGGCUCAGCCUCCUCCAGGGCUGUUUUGGUUUUGCAGGGUUGGGGCCACUGUGAAAAGUCAAAAAUCUUUCACAAAGGAAUGCUGAAUUGCCUUGGUACAGGGCAGGGCUGCUGGGGGUGGCCUCCUGUUGCUGAGGUCAGGCUGAGACUGGAGUUUCUCCCUAUUGAUGUGAUUGUUUAUUUUUUUUUGAGGGAUUAGGGUCGGUUUGUCUUUGAUGAGUGCAUAGCUGGAGCAGAGACAGGCACAAAGGAUAAUUCCUCUCCAGGGCUGAGCUCUGACAAGAUCCCAGCUUGCUAAGACAAUCCUGCCCCUCAGGAGGGCCCAUUUCCCUCCAGAUGUUAUUGCUCAUGAAAUGCUGUGCACCAGACCUGAGGGAGAAACCCCCUCACUGUGAGGGGUGGGUGGUGCAGGUUCACCUCGUGAGCAAAUAGGUGCUGUCUUCACAUGGCCAGACCUAGAUAAAUUGUGUUUGUGUUGGGU